GCCAGGCUGGGAACGUCACACGCUUCGACAUCUCGAUACGGGAGGACACAUUAUGCUCACCGAGCGGCUCACGGCUGCGGGGGAGCAGAUCCUCGCGGGGCUGGAGGAAACCUUGUUAGAGUCCGAGGAGCGAGUGGAGCGGACAGAGCGGUCCCAGCGGGAGGUCUGCCGCCAGAGGAGGCUGCUCGAGGCCGCGAUGCAGCCCGUAGUCCGGCUGCACAGAGCAGUGUGUCCUGCAGACGUCCAGAAACUGAUGGUGAAUAAAGAAGAGGUUCCCCCUGAGCAGCAGCAGUGGAGCCCCCUUGUGGACCAGGAGGAUCCAAAGCCCUUCCACAUUAAAGAGGAGCAGGAGGAACCGUGGACCAAUCAGGAUGGACAGCAGCUUCAAGGACUGGAGGAGGCUGAUGUCAAGUUCAGUUUGACUCCUGUCGCUGUGAAGAGUGAAGAAGAAGAGAAACUUAAAUCAUCAAAGCUUCAUCCAAGUGAGACGAAGGAGAACAGAGCGGACUGUGGAGGACCAGAACCAGCCAGGAACUCAGGUCCUGAUGGACGUUUACAACCAGGUCCUGAGGACAAGGCUGAAGACUCUUCUGAGACUGAAGUCAGUGAGGAUGAUUGGAUGGAGCCUCUAAGUGAUAUGGAUUGUAAAACAGAAAAAAAAACGUUUUGUUGCUCUGAGUGUGGUAAAAGAUUUAACCAAAGGGGCCAUCUAAAUCUACAUAUGAGGAUUCAUACAGGAGAGAAACCGUUCAGUUGCACUGAUUGUGGUAAACGAUUUCACCAGAGGGGUGAUCUAAAUAGACAUGAGAGGAGUCAUACAGGAGAGAAACCGUUCAGUUGCUCUGAGUGUGGUAAACGAUUUAGCCAGAGGGGUGAUCUAAAGAGACAUAAGAGGACUCAUACAGGAGAGAAACCGUUUAAUUGCUCUGAGUGUGGUAAAAUGUUUCACCAAAGGGGCCAUCUAAAAAGACAUAAGAGAAUUCAUACAGGAGAGAAGCCGUUUAGUUGCUCUCAGUGUGAUAAACGAUUUAGCCAUAGGUGCCAUCUAAAAACACACAUGAGGAUUCACACAGGAGAGAAACCGUUUAGUUGCUCUGAGUGUGGUGAAAGAUUUAACAUAAGGGGCAAUCUGAAUAUACAUAAGAGGAUUCAUACAGGAGAGAACCCGUUUAGCUGCUCUGAGUGUGGUAAACGAUUUAGCCAUAGGUGCCAUCUAAAUAUACAUCUGAGGAUUCAUACAGGAGAGAAACAGUUUAGUUGCUCUGAGUGUGAUAAAAAAUUUAACAGAAUGGGUGAUCUAAAUACACAUAUGAGGACACAUACAGGAGAGAAACCGUUUAGUUGCUCUGAGUGUGAUAAAAGAUUUGGUCACAGCAGCCAUCUAAGUAAUCAUAUGAGGAUUCAUACAGGAGAGAAACCGUUUAGUUGCUCUGAGUGUGAUAAAAGAUUUAACAGAAGGGCCAAUCUCAUUGCACAUAUGAGGAGUCAUACAGGAGAGAAACCGUUUAGUUGCUCCGAGUGUGGUGAAAGAUUCAACCUAAGGUGCAAUCUCAAUAGACAUAUGAGGAUUCAUACAGGAGAGAAACCGUUCAGUUGCUCUGAGUGUGAUAAAAGAUUUAACCAAAGUGGCCAUCUAAAUACACAUAUGAGGAGUCAUACAGGAGAAAAACCGUUAAAAAUUUAAGAAUCAGUCCUACUGUACGAGACGUGAGGAUUCUUAAAGGAGAGAAGUGGUUCAGUUUCAACCUUUUGUAACAAAAGUUUGUAUUUUUAUUUUACAGCAGAUACUUAUUUAUACAUAUUCCUGGGUCACUGUUUUUAAUAGACUAUUAACAGUUUCUAUGUCCCUAGAAAAUACAACUCAUUGAAUAACACUAAAGAUUUGUUUAUAUAUCUUAAAUUCGCCUAAAACUUCUGUUCAAGGAUACCCCAAUUAUAUUGAAAGCUAUUCUUGAACCAUUUGGAGUACAUGCAUAAUCUUGGUCUCUUUUGAAAGGUAACAUUCUGAACUUUACCCCCCCCCCCCCCCCUCUCUUAACAGUCAGAACCACUCUGAGUACUACUGGCAUUUAGUAAUAGCAGUUGGCACAAAGUGAAGUAGAAGGUUUUUAUAAACAGAUGCCUGCAGAUGAAUCUAGCUGGGACUUAUGAGCUGGAAAACACAAUGGGACCCUAUCAUGAAGCCUUGACUAGCCCAAGUUCAAAUUUGAUAAAAGUACCACAGAAAAUGAAUAUUUGACCGAUUUUUUUCCUAAGGCCAUGUUUAGGCUUUUCCACAAAGGCCAUUGGGAGACUCCAAAGGACCCUUUGUAACCAUGUUAACCAACCAGGCUAAAAAAAGCUAAAUUUACACUCAAAAUUAUACUUUUAUAUAACGGAGACAAAACCGGUCAUAUAGUUUAAAAUGUAUACAAAUAAACAUCUUUCAUAUAUUUUAGCAACAUGUAGCAGUCACGACGGGGACGAAACAGUGACGUACGGUGCUCUGGGACCAGCUGGACACUGUUGGGAAAUUUCAUUGGCUAAACAAUACGCCAGUCAUCAGAACAAUCGGUUGGAAUUGGCUAAGCCUUUACACAUCAGAAGAAUGGCAGGCUCUUUCCAACAACAACUAGGUGCCUCGUUGGGUAUUGAAGGCUGUGGACAGCCCAUGCCAGCUCCGAUUGGGUCAAGUUUAGAUUGACAGCUCACUUGAACCAAUAGGACAUGGCUAUCUACCAUUUUGAGAGCUGCACACAGAGUUAUAAGUGAGAGUAUGUCCCAGUUUACACGGAGGAGGUGGCUGCGCUGACAUUAUGCAACAGCUGACAGUUGCUAUUCUUUGAUGUAAUAGUGUGUUUUGGACUGACAUUGUUACUGGAUGGAUCGUCUGGACCUUUGGCGAUGUACCAACACCGUUUUUGUUGGAAUGUUAUCGAUUUGUGGAUUAAUAUGAAGCUUCUUACGUGAGUCGCGGCGACUUUUGUUCCAUUUCCGGUCUGACUGAGACGUUGAUUGUACCGGCUUUGGUGAUCGGAUCUUGAAAUGGUUAACAUCAGUGGAAUCUGAAGAAUCUUACCGUUCUAACGAUAUGUUGCAUUAGUACCUAGCUGUACAAGGCAGUUCUGUAAAUAACAAUGAUUGACGCUUAUCGGUAAAACAGCGCACCUGGACGGCGCCCGCGGGGGUGUUUGCGAUCAGGUCAAGUAGUUCAUAUGAUUACAUUUUUUUUUUAAUAAUGGUUUCUUGGUUAGUGAGAUUCAGUGACAGUGUGUGUUCUCCUUUAUGUAUUGAAUGUGUCUCCAAGAAUAAAAGUCUAAUAAAA